UCCGGCUCUCAGAGGGUGCAGCAGAAGCAGAAGGAAGCGGAGUUUCCGGCUGUUCGCAGCGGAGGGAGAGCACUGCUGACGCCGCGAAACCCCGAGAGAAACACCGGCGGCUCGGGGGGUUGGAUGCUAACCAUCUAUAGUAUCGGUACUGCUGUUUUGGUUUCUUUCAUAUCGUGUGGAUCUGGGGUGAUUUCGGACAGAAAACCGAGUACACAAGGCGGGGGUUGAGGAGCUACCGGCAUGGCCAGGGACUACGAUUACCUCUUCAAGCUGCUCAUCAUCGGGGACAGCGGGGUGGGGAAGAGCAGUCUCCUCCUGCGAUUUGCAGACAACACGUUUUCAGGUAGCUAUAUCACCACGAUCGGCGUGGACUUUAAGAUCCGGACGGUGGAGAUUAACGGGGAGAAGGUGAAGCUACAGAUCUGGGACACAGCAGGGCAGGAGCGCUUCCGCACCAUCACCUCCACAUACUACAGAGGGACACACGGGGUCAUCGUGGUUUACGACGUCACGAGUGCAGAGUCCUUCGUCAACGUCAAACGAUGGCUACACGAAAUCAACCAGAACUGUGACGACGUGUGCCGAAUAUUAGUGGGAAACAAAAACGACGACCCCAACUCGAAGGUGGUGGAGACGACCGACGCGCAGAAGUUUGCAGAGCAGAUGGGAAUCAACCUGUUUGAGACGAGUGCAAAAGAGAACAUCAACGUCGAAGAGAUGUUCAACUGCAUCACGGAGCUCGUGCUCAGAGCUAAGAAGGAAGUUCUCGCCAAACAGCAGCAGCAGCAACAGAACGACGUGGUCAAACUCACCCGGAACAGUAAACGAAAGAAAAAGUGCUGCUAGCAAACUCAGCAGCAAGCGCCACCAACGAGAAGAGGCCGUCUUCUCUCCACACGCAUAAACACAAGAGACUCGGAGCAUCUAAAUUAAAAAAGAAAAAAAGAUUUACUAAAUAUACGGUGAAAGAUAAAUAAAUGGAAUAAAGAAAAAAAAAAAGAAAAGAAGUCCCCUUUGGACAAAUUAAUCAUGAGAGAGAAAAAAUAAAUGUACAGAUUUUAUUAGACGUCAAAUCAAGUUUUAUUUGGAUUUCAGCAGACCUCCUUUUGUUUAAGGAUCGCCAUCACACACACACACACACACACACACACACACACACACACACACACACACACACACACACACACACACACUCAGCUCCUUCUCUGCACACGGGACAUUCAGAGUGGAGAAGGAGGUCACCUUUCUCUGGAUUUACUUGUAGUUUUAUUUGUUAUUUUUCAGGGGGGUUUAUUUCUCUCCACAUUUCACACACAGCUCACGCCGACACAUCGUGGAUCUUUUUGUUUCUGAGGGAAAACCUUUUUUUUUUUCGACUAAUCCGACGGACAGAACUGGUCUUGUUUUGUUUUGUGUCCAUAUUUUGCCAAGCUUCCCCUCUAAUUGUGAUGAGCCUACCAUUUUGUUUAGUUUUUUAAGGGCAGUUGAACCUCCUCCUGGACGACUGAAAGCACCGUUCACUGCAGUCUGACAUCGCUUUUAAACCUUUUUUUUAUUUUAAGGAAACAAACAAUACUGCCAAUAUUGUAGAAAAUAAAAUAUCAGGAGCUCAGUGGCGCCUCUCGUUUUUGGACUGUUGCCAUGAGGCGGGGGUCUGAAUUGCUCCCCCCACCUCACUCAUCUCCCUUCUGUAUUUCUGCAUCAUUUCUCACAUAUCGGCCCCUCUCUCUCCUGCAUUCGCUCCAUCAAAGUGCAUCUCGCUGUGUUUUAACUCUGAAGGGGUCAGAGGUCACUGUCUCUCCUCUCAGCUUGCAGAAUAUUCCCAACGAUUCUCUCCGUCACAAAGCCCCCCCCUCAGCUUCCUGUUCAACCGAAGUGUUACCGGACAGUGUUUUUAUCACGACAACCAGGAUGAGUGAGACUGUUUAAGGAAAAUGUAACCACCUCCAAAAAACAUCUGAAUUUCAAAUAUUGAACCGGUUACCUUGAAUUUUUGAAUUAAAGGGUUAUUUUCUUUCUAAAAAUAAUUCAAGGUAACACUGGGAAAGAAAUGUAUACACAAAUGAUUAUGAUUUGUGGGUGAAGUUUUCCUCUUUUAAUAUAAAACAAAUUCUGGGGAAGUCCUACGGAAGGGGAUUAGGGACACAUAUUAUUAUUUUUUUAUGUUUUAGAUCUGACCAAAAGGGAAACAUUUUUUUGGAGUUCUGGGAUAAAAGUUUGAAUUCUGACAAAAAUCAAAAUUGUGAGAAAAAGUUUGAAUUUUGAAAAUAAAGUUUGAAUUUUGAAAAAAGUCGGAGUUCUGAGAAAAACUCGGAAUUCUGAUCAGAAAGUUGCAAUUUUGACUAAAACUUAAAUUGUAUGAAAAAGUUGAAAUUCUGAAAAAAAUCGAAAUUUCUAGAAAAAAGUUGGAAUUCUAAGGAAAAAAAGUUGGAAUUUUGACAAAAACUUAAACAGUGGGAAAAUCGAAAUUGUGAAAAAAAAGUUAGAAAUGCGAGAACAAUUUUGAAUGUCUGGGAUUAAAGUAAGAAUUUAAGGAAAAAUGUAUUAUAUAUUUUUUCAGAAAACCUAAAAGUCCUCAGAAUAAAAGAAAAUUCCCUUUGUGUCAGAUCUCCAGAAAGUGGCCCUGUUCCUCGUCUGUAAAGCACAGCUCCGGCCUCCUCUCUUUCCACAUCACCAUCUCUGACAUAUAUUUCCUUUAAAUUGGGAGAGUUAAAGAAACGCAGAGUGCGCCGGCUGAGCUCCUCGAGAGGUGGAGGAUAUCAAAUCUCACUCGUUAUGAUUUCUACUCGAUAAGUGUAUGUAUAUAUAAAUAUAUUUGUGUGUUUAUAUUCCCUAUAGAACAUACACACAGGAUGAAACACCGUCAGCUGUGGUUUGCUGCACACUGGAGAAAAAGAGAUGUACUAUUCAUUUUUCCCAACAUGAAUUUAAUCAGUAAUAAAAACGUUUUAAAGGAAUAAAUAUUUGACACAUAAUGGCUGAUGUCGUGCGUCAGUGAUUUGAGGCUCGCUCUUAACUUCAUUUUAAACCUGUGUCUUUUCAUUUUAUUUGUGCUUUUCUGUGAAUAAAAGUGUAUGAGAGGAAGUGUGAA